AUGGUUGUACAAUUAUUUACUACUUUCAAUGAUUAUGCCCAUAACAGCGUGGAUGACGUUGAUUCCGGUUUCCACUAUUUUGCUAUGCGAUUGAAUAUCAUGAAGAAUUUGCGCGUUUGCCAUAUAAACAUUGUUUCGAAUUUGUUCUGCCUGACGAUUUGCUCUGUGUUUGUCGACGAUCCUCUCAAUACUGUGCUCAUGGAUGGAAAUCGUCGCAAACCAGCGUUCGCUGCAGACGACGUCGAACAUACGGAAGCAAUGCGAAUUCCGUUUUGA